GUAAAAUCUAAUACAUGUACUGCAUGUAUAGCCUCAACUCUGAUGGAAAAUGGCGCCUGAGUAUAACAUUGGGUUGACAGGAGAAGCCACACUGUCGAAUUCCCCUCUUUCUUGAAACGGCAAGGAGCUUGCGGCGCGGAUCCCUUGCGCAGCAGCACAGACGCGCUCAACGAAAUCGAUGCGUCAUGCCGCACGGGGGCGUCAGAGUGAUGAUGAGCCUGUUCCUUGGCUUUUGCCAAUGUAUGGCUGUGGGCUUUUUGCAUUUCCCAGUUCGCAAAACAGAAGGGGCCCAGCGCAACCCCCACCAACCCGCCCAGAUAAAAGGAAGGAAAGAGACCGAGAACUCCGCUGCAUUCCUCAACAAACGAAAACUUCCCCACGCAACAUUUCGCCAUUCCCACAGCUUUACGCACCCAAGCAACAACGUCGCAACAAUGAAGGUCACUGCUGCUCUCGCUGUCCUCGCCACCGGCGCCGUCGCUGUCAGCGCUCAAGCUGCCUCCCCUUUCAACCCUGCUACUAGCGCGGCCUGCCAGCAAAGUCUGCAGACUCAGCUUAUCGGCGGUGAAUGGACAACGUCCUGCGGUCUUGCCGAAGGUAUCGCCGCCGGCGUUGGUGCUGCCCUCAGCGGCAACAUCACCGCUACCACUGCGAUGGCCGUUUUGGACAAGACUCUCACUCAGGCGAACCUCGACAAGAUGUGCGCUGACGCUUGCAACACCGCGCUCACCACGUUCGGCCAGACUGUAACUCAAGCUUGCGGUACGACUCCCAUCCUGAACCCUGCCGUUGCCAACGGCCUCGGAUCGGACCCCACUGUCCAGAAGAUCAUCACUUCCCUUCAGGCCGGAGAUAUCGCGGCGGUCAUUCAAUAUCUUCGCCCCGGUGUCUGCGUCAAAGACGCCAACCAGUACUGUGCUCUGACCCAGUACCAAGCUUACAAGAGCAACCCUGCAUCCCUGAACAACAGCUGUACCCCCUGUAUCCAGAAGCAAUACACAGCCGUCCAAAACACCGCCUCUCUUCCGGCCUCCAUCAAGCCGGUCGUCGACCAGGGGCUCGCAACCGUCAAGUCCACCCUCGACGCCUGCCCCGCUGGAAGCACUACCGGCUCUGGCUCAAACUCCAACUCUACAACCGCCGCCGGAGCUAACUCUGGAUCCCUUCGUGUUGCUGGUUCCGUUGCCGUAGGCCUUCUCGCCGGCGCUGUGUCGUUCGUCUUGGCGUAAAUCCCUUGUAAUACAUUACACUACAUACAGCAUUUUGUAAAUUAGGAGA